CCAAGGGGGGACAGACCAAGAGAAGGAAAAAAAAAAAAAACUGGUGUUGUGUGUCCUUUGGAAUCCAUCGCCAGCGACAGCCGCCAUCGGCGAUGUCUCCGUCCGCCGACACGGCCGCGCCGGCCUCGACCUCCGGUCCCCCACUCGCACCUCUCAUCGCCGCGCAGCUCAACUACCUGCUCUCCCACUCCAAGCCCCCCUUCAGGGUGGGGCAAAUCUGGUCCGGCUGCCGCAACGGCCGCUACGCCGAUCGAUUCACGCUCGGCAUCCCCUUUUGCCUUGACUAUGUCCACUGGGACUUCGUGUACAAUGCGCUGUCUCCCAAGGUGGCGCCCGACGUAGUGUUUGGGCCGGAGGACGAGGGGUUCCAACCGCUGGUCGAUUAUGCCGAGGCUGGAAAUGGUGACAAGAGUUGCUUGGCGCGUUGGGAUUGCCGUGACCCCGGGGGACUCCUCUCCCUUGUAGAAGAGCUCCGGGGAUUGUACAUUGAAUACCAAAAGAAGCGGGUUGCCGAGGUGAAUGAUGCAAGAUUGACGUUUGAGCUAAGCACGGUCCUCUCUAAGGAGGGGAUCGAAGUCUGCAUGGUACCAUCCACUGAUAGGCCAGAUGAGGUGAAAUUUGCUGUCCCACUUCUGGACUUAGACUUUGCCAAACUGGUGCCAGGAUGUCCUUGGAGAUUACCUCAAAAGAUCCAUUUACAGGUCAUAUUUCCAAUCAGCAGAAGCUACUCUUCUGUUCCUUCUGCUCCACCGCCUCCACGACUCAAACUAAUCUCAACACCAGAUUUAAAGUCACUUUUUUCGGUGGAGGAUGUGAAGCUUCCUCCAUGGUUAAAUGGGAUGUGUAUGGCGGAGUAUCUUCCUGCCUUAGAAGAAAAUCUUAAAAUACUGGUUGUGGAUGCAUCAGCGUCAAUUGGUUCCAGAAGGCGUUUUAUUGAAGCACUGGCUCCUACUUUCGGAAGACCAAUAGAGGCUGAUCCAAUUUUUUGCAGGAGAGCUACAGUUCUUUCCAUUUCAGGGACUUUCACAUUUCUGGUUCACUUUGCCAUCCCUCUUCAAUUCCCAAAGCAACAACCUGUCCUCACACUGCAGAGUUCUCAGCACUGUAACGCCGACGGGAUACCUGUUAUGUCACCUCCGACAAAUGACUAUCCCUGGAGUCCUAGAUGGGAUUCUACAGAAAUGGUUGAACGGAUAUACGACUUCCUGACCGAGGACUGCCAAAAUUUCAAGAAGUUCUGCACUGAUGCUAUCACUCAACUGAAGUAGCUUUUGAGGAACAUAUCUUGGCUCUUUGAUUGCUCUUUGUUUGUAGCCUGUACAUCUCAUCUUCUUAUGCGACGCUGGAAGUUCAAGGAAGCAACCUUGGGCGGUAGAACCUAGAUGGGUACGCUAAAGCGUGACAACACUGUUUGUUGAUUCUGAUUUUCACCCCUGUAGUCAUGGUGAUUGUUUGGGGUGAAUGCAGUCCAGUUUUUUCCUCCUUGUACAUAUGGAUAAAUGGUAUCUCUACCUCCAUUGCAUUAUCCUAUUUUGAGUAUCCUGGCAGUGUCA